ACACACAGCAUGGCGGAGCGGGCGCGUGCCGCGCCGCCGCCAAGCGAGAGCGGCCGUAAAGGGAAGCUGGGCUGCGCGACAGCGGGCGGUGGCGGCGGAUACAUGAAAAAUGAUCUAAACCGUCUUCAGCUGCAUUGCAGAAACAGAGAGUACGGCUGUGAAAUGGUUUGUUCUCUGGAGUCUAUAGAUAGGCAUGAAAGGGAGUGUGAGUACAGUCAGAUUCCUUGCUCCAAUGCCGGUUGUACAGUGCAGAUUGAGCGGCGUAACUUGGAUGGUCACCUGGCUGUGUGUGAGUACCGGAGUCGUGAGUGCCCCAAUGGCUGUGGUUACACCAUUCUCAGCACAGAAGACACACAGCACAACUGUGUAGCAGAGCUAAGAACAGAGCUGGAACUGCUUCGGUCAGAAAUGAUCUGCAGAGUGGAGGAGGCAAAACAUGAGAUGGAGUCAAGGUUAGAUUCACAGAGAAGGCAUAUGGUCCAAAAAGAGAGUAUUCUGCAAAAUGAAAUUGAAGAACUAAAGGUAAAUAUGAUC